AUGGAUAUGGGUGAGAGGAUCCGUACCAGUGUAGAAGGUGAUACGGAGUGGCUUAAUGUCCUUCUCCUUGUGGUAAUUGAGGAUACGUUCGGUAAAGGGCUCAGGUCAUGGCUUCGCCCAGAGGGGCUGUUGGCAACGCCGCUACUCACUCUCCAGGUGCCGGACCUUCUCAAAGAGAACCCUCAUGGCCGGGUCGGCAUGAGGGAGGGUCUUGAGUGCUGA